UCGUUGUUCUCAUUAGAUUUGUUAUAAAUAAUUGUGUAUUAUCUACUCCUUUUACAUUGGCUUCCAACACAAUAAAAUAUAAGACUGCUUCGAACGAAUACGAAUUGCAGAUUGCGAAUGCAGAUUACGAAUAUAUAUCAUUAUAUAGAUACAUAAUUAAAGAUUUAUUGGUUCCUUGACAACAAAUCUUAAAACUAACUUGUAUCAAAUGUGUUACAGCGGUGUAUUCGUAUAAAUUUUAAAAAAACGAAAACACUGCGCACGCCCUAAAAAUUCUACGAUGUGCCUAUCACUACUCGUACAUAUAUAUAUGUACAUGUAUAUAUGUAAUUCCCGCCAAAACUCAGCCGAACACACACGUACGACCAUGUUCGUGCGAUUCUGACGGCCUAACAUUACUUUGGGAACAAUCGAGAGGCUACUGAAAUAAUAACGAGGAGAAAUAAUCAAGUAAAAUGGGAGACGUUUCUAAUUUGAUCGAUCUUUUACCAAUUUAUUAUUCUCGAUUGUUUCCAUUCGAAGAUUAUUAUCGUUGGUUGAGCUAUGGCAAACUGUCCAAAUUCUCCCACAGAGAAUUUUCAUUCACCGUGAUGGAUGAUAUUUAUUUACGUUUCCAGUCAUAUAAAAAUCCACAAGAGUUGGAAACUGAAAUCAAACGAUUGCUUCCUUUUAAGAUUGAUUUAGGAGCUAUAUACAAUAUUAGUCCGAGGGAACAACAUAUGAAUCCACGUUUUAGACCCGUAGAAAGAGAAUUAGUUUUUGAUAUAGAUAUGACUGACUAUGAUGAGGUCAGGACUUGCUGUUCGGGUGCAGGCAUUUGCUCUAAAUGUUGGAAGUUCAUGGCACUUGCUUGCAAGAUAUUAGAUUCCUCUUUGAGACUGGACUUUGGAUAUAAACACAUCUUGUGGGUAUUCUCUGGGAGAAGAGGUAUACAUUGUUGGGUGUGCGACAAGGCAGCACGUAAAUUAACUGUUUCUGAACGUUCUGCAGUCGCAGAAUACCUGCAACUCAUAGAAGGUGGCGAAUAUAUGGGUAAAAAAGUAAGGCUCGGUGAAAAUAUACCUCAGUGCAUUAGACGGGCGCUACAAACAAUAGAAAAUGUAUUUGUCCCGUUCUGUGUGGAGGAGCAGGAUAUAUUGGGAACGGAAGAAAGAGUGAAUCAAUUUUUGAAAAUAAUUUCCGACGAUGAAUGCAGAGAUGAAUUGAAGUUAUUGUUUGAUAAAUGUUCUUCCAGCAAAGCCAGAUGGAAUGCGUUUGUGAAUUAUAUAAAAAAUUUGAAGACUACGGGUAACAAAAAAUGGUCUCAGCAUCGACAUAUAGUAGAAGAAGUGAUGUUGCAGUUCGUUUAUCCAAGGCUUGAUAUAAACGUGACUAAAGGGAUGAACCAUCUUCUAAAAUCACCUUUCUGCAUCCAUCCGAAGACUGGAAAAGUUUGUAUCCCAUUCACCGCGAAGACAGUCGAUAAAUUUCAACCGGAGAACGUUCCCACGAUUAUGACAUUGAUUGAAGAAAUAAACGAGUUCGAUGAAAAAAAUAAAAUUGGACAGGACAUGAAGAGGAUAAGGGAUUAUAAGAAGACUAGUCUCAACAGAUCGAUGCACAUGUUUCGUGAAUUCAUAUGGAACCUAGACAAUAAGGGAGAUGAUGACAUCAGUGAGAAGAUGGAAUUCUAACAUGCUCCAGUUUUUAUAAUAAGCUCUUUAUGAUAUAUCUUAUCUAAGAUUUGAGAUGUAGAUAGAUAGUAUUUAUUAUUAAAUUCAGAAACAUAAUUUAUAA